GUAGCAACAAUCAAUAUACCUAAUUACCUAAUGUACAUAGGUAGGUACCUAAGUGUAUUCACAUGCAGACCCGGUAGUGUAACCUAGGUAAUUCAGGUACUAAUGAUGUCAGCGUGCUACCGCCAGUAAUUUCCCGACCCUAGCGCUUUCCUCCUGCCAAUUCAUCCCCUGGCGCGUCACGAAGAAAGUUAACUGGCCAGUGUCGGAUUGAUUAACUAACAGAAUUUAACCUCAGUUACCAUAGACCCUUUUUCGCAGACCUCUAAAUCACCAACAUUUGUAGAACGUUGACUCCAAAGCCUCAUCUACCUCUUAGUGGAGGAAACGGAUCUCCUUAUACAACAUUCGUUUUUUUCCAGUCCAAGUGACGCUUUUUGAGUAUGCACCGUUUCGAUAGUUCAACAUUUCCAUUCUAUAGCCGCAUCUUCAUAGCCGACCGAACGAAACGAUAUCCACAAUGCCUGGCGGACUAGAAGCAUCACGUUGGGCGUCGACCCCGAGCAAUCAUCGCAUCAACAAAUCACACGGUGGCCGUCGUCGCUCCGCGCGAACUUCCUCGACUCUAUCACUAUCAACCCUCUCGACGAAAUCGGCCUCGCAAUCCGAUAACUUCCUUACCCAAGAUGACUUAUGCAACGGCCCACCCCCGCCUGAAUACGAGCUAUCUCGAUUCCUCAAGAUUGUCGCUCGUCUCAAUUGGAAAAUGCCGUUCCUUAAGGAGGGAUAUCGCAUAGCUAUAGAUCAUACCGACAAAUCCCCGUCUGAAGUCGAAGGUUACGAGAUUCAAUUUAAGUUAGACUUCCAUGAAUUCUACAUGCUCAUCGAGAGAGCCCUGGUCCGCCUGAUGGGCAUAUUUGGAAUCGUCGUGAAGAAUCAAGGCGCUAUAAUCAACGGUGUUUUCACGCUAUACGGCAGCUCAGGGGGCGGCCAGCAUCAAUACCAUGCAAACGUUCUUAGGGCGCUUGAGGACUCGAAAAACCCCCUCAGUGUCAUAUUUGGAGCUGCUGAAGUCAGGAAGCAGUUCUUGCAUGCUAAAGAUCUCCGCAACCGCUGGAAGAACAUUGACGAAGCAGACUCAACAUCGCUUCCACCCGCGCCGCUCUCAACCUAUAACCUCGAGCUUAUUGUGCAGACUAUUCUUUCGGCGAUCGAUCGUGCACACAAGUUCACCGUCGAAUAUGUUGUUAAGCGCGAAGGCAAACCCAUGGACACUCCUAGCGAUACCAUCGGGGAGAAAGACUGGGAGUUUAUGGUGGAUGCAAUGGAUUGGGAAGCCGUUUGAUUUACCUUACUUCUAGGCAUUCUAGGCAUAUUGAUGCAUUGACGUGACAAUCCAUUAUUUGGGUUCCUCUCUUGUUUCUUUUAAGUAUAGUCUUAGGUAGUUUGACUGCGUCAGUUUUUAGUAGACUGUCAUUGGCGUUUAGGUUGACGAUAUGAUUACGGCAUGAUACCCGGACCUAUAGGAUAAGGUAUCCUUUGGCUCAGCAGAAUUCGUUUGUACACUACCUCAUAGCAUCUGGUUUGCGUUACCUUAAGUUCAACUGUUACUUGAACACUGAACCUAAAGAUAGAGUUAGUCAAAAUCUCUUGAUCUCUUGCUUAUCCCUCGUGACGAUGACAAGUUCCAAUAGUG